AAGUUAGUUGAAUGCAUGCAUGCCUUUGCUAAAUACUUUCUAAAACCUAAAGGAAAUGGACUACUAUACUUGAAAUUGCAAUUCAACCAAAUCUACUGUAGGCUACAAUGUCACGAACGAAUGCCCUCUCACUAAUGUAGGCUAGCUGAUUGUUUACUUUGUAAUAUUCGCACUUCGGCACGCGUAGCCUACAUCAAUCAAGAUACAAUAUAGCCAAAAUGACCGCUACCUAAAAUCGAUAUCAUUAUCGUUAAACGACGUAAUUUUGGCGGUUAUUCAAACCCAGUUUGACUUAGAUCGAUUGUCUUACUGGAUACAUGAUUACGUUGCAUUGAAUCCAUUUGAAACGACAUGCAAAGUGGGGACUCGCGAGGGGAUUGAAUCCCCCCACCCCCCAUACCCUGGUGUAACCUCAAUUUCUUUGGACUUGCUUGGGAAAAUGGGCAAAGCGACAGGCUGGUGGUGCACACAGUGGCAUUGCUACUUGCAGCACUGCUCACGACUAGUAAAAGUGGUAACUAGGGGAGCAUGCCUAACUAGUUGUGGUGAAAAUUAUGGGAUGGAUUGUCAUGGCAACAGACCAGACGUCACAAUUUGGGCAUGUGUUCCAUUUUUGUCUUUCUUAUUUUCAGACUGGAGGACUUAGAUAGUGAAGAGUGGAAAAGGAAACAGAUUUUUUCCUACAAAAAGAAGGAAGCCAUCUUUCUUGAAAAUAAAUUGUAUUUACACAACUAUCAUACAAUUAUUUUCCGGGAGGCACGAAGAGGUGAACAGUGGCAUUUUCAGGGUUAACUUUCAGAGAGGUUUUUUUUGUAUGCGAUAAAGAUGCCUGGGUCGUUAAGCAAUGAAGACGAGGGACAAGACGACAUGGAUUUUGAAGACGAGAUACCAGAUGAGGAUGAGGAGGGUGAAAACAACACUGUCCCGCUCACACCUCUGGACAGCUUCUUCUCUGACGACGACUCCCUCAAACAACAGAAGAAGAAGAAACCUAAAAAGAUGGAGGGCAAGAUGCCCAAAGUCAAGAAGAGGAAAAAGGAGGGAGGAGGAGGUGGUGGAAUAGGAGUUGGUGGCAAUGACCUGGAGGAGCAGGCCUCAGAGCGGGAGGAGGACCAUCCACUGCAACGUCCAGAGAUUGGCUCCGAGAGCGAGAGCAGCACCUACGCCCCCACCACAAAGAAGAAGAAGAAGAAACCCAAGGAGAAGAAAGAGAAGAAACCCAAACGGAAGAAGAGAGAAGAGGAGGAGGAUGACGAUGAUGAUGAUGACGACGACGAUGAUGAUGAUGAUGAUGAUAAUAAUAAGGAGCCCAAGUCAUCCAGCCAGCUGAUGCAGGAGUGGGGUCUGGAAGAUGUGCAGUAUGGCUUCACAGAGGAGGACUAUACAACCCUCACCAACUACAAGGCUUUCAGCCAGUUCCUCAGGCCACUUAUUGCCAAGAAGAACCCUAAGAUCCCCAUGUCAAAGAUGAUGACAGUGUUAGGGUCCAAGUGGCGCGAGUUCAGCGCCAACAACCCCUUCAAAGGCACCUCCGCAACCGCUGUGGCUGCCGCGGUGGCUGCUGCUGUGGAAAUGGUCACUGUGGCCUCGCCCAUCUCUGUCAAAGAGGUCACUACCCUACCAAGCUCUCUGCCUGGGCCAAUCAGAAAAGCCAAAACCAAAGAUGGAAAGGGGCCUGGGGUAAGACGGAAAACAAAGACUGUAAAGGAGGUGAAGAAGAAAAGUAAAGGGAAGAAGACCAAAUCAAAGAAGAAAGCAUCCUCGAGUGAGGAGGACUUUGGGCUGGAAGAGUCGGACUUUGAUGAUGUCAGCAUCCACAGUGCCUCGGUGCGCUCUGAUACCUCGGGGAAUGCCAAGAAGAAAGCCCGGAAGGGUCGGAAAAAAAGGAAAAGAGAGGAUGGGGAUGGCUAUGAGACAGACCACCAGGACUACUGUGAGGUGUGCCAGCAGGGAGGGGAGAUCAUCCUGUGUGACACCUGUCCCAAAGCUUACCACCUGGUGUGUCUGGACCCCGAACUGGAGAAGGCCCCUGAGGGCAAGUGGAGCUGCCCCCACUGUGAGAAGGAGGGCAUCCAGUGGGAGGCCAAAGAUGAUGAUGAGGAGGAGGUUGCGGUUGAGGAAGAGGAUGACCACCUGGAGUUCUGCAGAGUGUGUAAAGAUGGAGGGGAGCUGCUGUGCUGUGACACCUGCCCCUCCUCCUACCAUAUCCACUGCCUCAACCCUCCCCUGCCUGAGAUACCCAAUGGGGAGUGGCUGUGCCCACGCUGCAUGUGCCCACCUCUGAAGGGGAAGGUACAGAGGAUUCUCCACUGGACUUGGGGGGAUCCCCCCUUACCCAUGGAGGUGCCCCCUGGCCCUGAUGGAGAGAUGGUGGACCCGCUGGUCAAGCCCCCCCUGAAGGGCCACCCGGAGAGGGAACUGUUUGUCAAGUGGGCUGGUCUCUCCUACUGGCACUGCUCCUGGGUCAGCGAACUACAGUUAGAGCUGUACCACGCGGUGAUGUACCGUAACUACCAGCGGAAGAACGACAUGGACGAGCCCCCUCCAUACGACUACGGCUCUGGGGAGGAGGAGCUGAACAACGAGAAGAGGAAGAGUAAAGACCCGCAGUACGCUGCCAUGGAGGAGAGAUUCUACCGCUACGGCAUCAAGCCAGAGUGGAUGGUCAUCCACAGGAUCCUCAACCACAGUUAUGAUAAGGAUGGAGAUGUGCACUACAUGAUCAAGUGGAGAGACCUGCCCUAUGACCAGUGCACCUGGGAGGUGGAUGACUUUGACGUCCCUGAGUAUAACCACAGCAAACACUCCUACUGGGACCACAGGGAGCAGAUGAUUGGUGAUGACCAGCGCCCCUUAGUGGUGAGAAAGGGAAAGAAGGGUAAAGAGGAGGAGAAGAGGAGGGAGAGAGAAAUCCCCCCUGAUGCCCCAAUUAUAGAUCCUACCAUCAAGUUUGAACAUCAACCCUGGUACAUCAAUGCCACUGGGGGCACCCUGCAUCCGUACCAGCUGGAGGGUCUGAACUGGUUACGGUUCUCCUGGGCACAGGGCACAGACACUAUCCUGGCAGACGAGAUGGGCCUGGGCAAGACUGUCCAGACCAUCGUGUUCCUCUACUCACUCUACAAGGAGGGUCACUCCAAAGGGCCAUACCUGGUCAGUGCUCCCCUGUCCACCAUCAUCAACUGGGAGAGGGAGUUUGAGAUGUGGGCCCCAGACUUCUACGUGGUCACUUACACUGGGGACAAAGAUAGCCGAGCGGUCAUCAGGGAGAACGAGUUCACUUUUGAGGACAGUACAGUCAAGACAGGCCGCAAGGUCUUCCGUAUGAAGAAAGACAGUGCCAUCAAGUUCCAUGUAUUGUUGACAUCAUAUGAGCUGAUUACCAUUGAUCAGACCAUUCUGGGCUCCAUUAACUGGGCCUGUCUAGUGGUGGACGAGGCCCACAGACUGAAGAACAACCAGUCAAAGUUUUUCAGAAUCCUCAACGGUUAUAAGAUCUACUAUAAGCUGCUACUGACUGGCACUCCUCUGCAGAACAACCUGGAGGAGCUGUUUCACCUGCUCAACUUCCUCACCCCAGAGAGAUUUAAUAACCUGGAGGGCUUUCUGGAGGAGUUUGCAGACAUCUCCAAGGAGGACCAGAUCAAGAAGCUGCAUGACCUGCUGGGCCCACACAUGCUCAGGAGACUGAAGGCUGAUGUCUUCAAGAACAUGCCUUCCAAGACAGAGCUCAUUGUACGAGUGGAGCUCAGCCCCAUGCAGAAGAAGUACUACAAGUUUAUCCUGACGCGGAACUUUGAGGCGCUCAACUCCAAAGGCGGGGGCAACCAGGUGUCCCUUCUCAACAUCAUGAUGGACCUGAAGAAGUGUUGCAACCACCCCUACCUGUUCCCAGUGGCAGCCAUGGAGGCGCCAGUGUUACCCAAUGGCUCUUAUGAUGGGAACCAGCUGGUCAAGUCCUCAGGCAAACUCACCCUGCUCCAGAAGAUGCUAAGGAAACUCAAAGAUGAAGGACACAGAGUUCUCAUCUUCUCCCAGAUGACUAAGAUGCUCGAUCUGCUUGAGGACUUUCUGGAAUAUGAGGGCUACAAAUAUGAACGCAUCGAUGGAAGCAUCACAGGGGGGCUACGACAGGAGGCUAUCGACCGCUUCAAUGCACCGGGCGCACAGCAGUUCUGCUUCCUGCUCUCCACCCGAGCGGGAGGCCUGGGCAUUAACCUAGCCACGGCAGACACUGUCAUCAUCUACGACUCAGACUGGAACCCUCACAAUGAUAUCCAGGCAUUCAGCAGGGCCCACCGUAUAGGUCAGAACAAGAAGGUGAUGAUCUAUCGCUUCGUGACACGGGCCAGCGUGGAGGAGCGCAUCACCCAGGUGGCCAAGAGGAAGAUGAUGUUGACCCACCUCGUGGUGAGGCCCGGCCUGGGCUCCAAGACCGGCUCCAUGUCCAAACAGGAGCUGGACGACAUCCUCAAAUUUGGCACUGAGGAGCUCUUCAAGGAUGAGAUGGAGGCGGCCGCUCGGGCCAUGGGUUCCCACCAGAAACUGUGGGACAUAAAGGAUGGAGAUGAGGGCAGUGUCAUUCACUAUGAUGACAAUGCCAUCUCCAAGCUGCUGGACCGUAGCCAGAAUGCUACGGAGGACACUGAGAUCCAGAACAUGAACGAAUACCUCAGCUCCUUCAAGGUGGCCCAGUAUGUUGUCAAAGACGAGGACGUUGAGGAGGAGCCCCAGCGGGAGAUCAUUAAGCAGGAGGAGAAUGUGGAUCCAGACUACUGGGAGAAGCUGCUGAGGCACCACUAUGAGCAGCAGCAGGAGGAUCUGGCCCGCAACCUGGGCAAAGGCAAACGCAUCCGCAAGCAGGUCAACUACAACGACACGUCUCAGGAGGACCAAGAGUGGCAGGAUGAUCUUUCAGACAAUCAUUCCGAGUACUCCGUGGGGUCCGAGGAUGAGGACGAAGAUUUCGAGGAGAGGCCGGAAGGUGGGCGCAGGCACUCUCGCAGACAGCUGAAGAGUGACAGGGACAAACCUCUGCCACCCCUGCUGGCACGCGUAGGGGGCAACAUCGAGGUGCUGGGGUUCAACACCCGUCAGCGGAAGGCCUUCCUCAAUGCUAUCAUGCGCUGGGGCAUGCCUCCUCAGGACGCCUUCAACUCUCACUGGCUGGUCAGAGACCUGAGAGGGAAGAGUGAGAAAGAGUUCAGGGCCUAUGUGUCCCUGUUCAUGAGACAUCUUUGUGAGCCGGGGGCAGACGGGGCAGAGACCUUUGCAGACGGUGUCCCACGAGAGGGGCUGUCUCGCCAACAUGUCCUCACCAGGAUCGGAGUUAUGUCUCUGGUCAGGAAAAAGGUCCAGGAGUUUGAGCAUGUCAAUGGAAAGUACAGCACUCCAGACCUGAUCCCACUUGGACUAGAGUUGAAGAAACUGACUGAGAGUCUGUCCUCUGACCCCAACACCCCUGUUCCUGCCAGCCCUGCAGCCACACCCCAGCCUCCUGGCACUCCUGUCCCACCAGAGAAGAUGGACUCAAUCUCAGGGCCUACUGAAGACAAGGAGACCACAGAAUUAGAGUACAAGAAGCUACCAGAACUGGAGACUAAUCUAAGUACAGAGUCAUCUUCCCAGGUAGAGAAGACAGACAAGGCUGCUGACAGUGAUGAGACAGUGAAGGGCAGUACAGAGGACAAACCAGUCUCCUCAGAGGAGGGUAGUGAAAGGACAGACACACCCUCCACACUUCCAGAGCCAUCCACCAAUCCUAAAGAUCCUCCAUCCAAACAGACAGAGCUGUCGUCCAAUCAAAGCUCACCAAAAGCGGAGCCUUGUAGAGAGACAGAGAAGUCUUUAGAUAAAGGAGACAGUGAUCCUGCCCCAGCCAAACCUGAGGAGAAGGAACUGAAGCCAGUUUUUUCAGACGAGCCCAAGAGUGAGGACAUGCCAGUGCCCGAGGGUCGGCUGAAUGGUGAGAAAGAAGCACAGGAGGAGACAGAGGAUAUCAGGAGGGAGGUGGAGAAGAACGGCUUCAAAAUGAGGUUCAUGUUCAACAUCGCUGACGGAGGCUUCACAGAGCUACACACCCUGUGGCAGAAUGAGGAGCGGGCCGCUGUGUCAUCUGGGAAGAUGUAUGACAUUUGGCACCGUCGCCACGACUACUGGUUGCUGGCUGGCAUCGUAACACAUGGCUAUGCCCGCUGGCAGGACAUUCAGAACGACCCACGUUAUGCCAUCCUCAAUGAGCCCUUCAAAACUGAGAUGCACAAGGGGAACUACCUGGAGAUGAAGAACAAGUUCCUGGCUCGCCGCUUUAAGCUGUUGGAGCAGGCUCUGGUGAUAGAGGAGCAGUUAAGAAGGGCAGCGUACCUGAAUAUGACCCAGGACCCCAACCACCCGGCUAUGGCCCUGAAUACCCGCUUUGCUGAGGUGGAGUGUCUGGCUGAGUCCCACCAGCACCUGUCAAAGGAGUCUCUGGCCGGGAACAAGCCAGCCAACGCUGUGCUGCACAAAGUACUGAACCAGCUGGAGGAGCUGCUGAGUGAUAUGAAGGCAGAUGUGACACGGCUUCCCAACAUGUUGUCCCGGAUCCCCCCGGUGUCUGCUCGUCUGCAGAUGUCUGAGAGGAGCAUCCUCAGCCGCCUCACCAGCCGCGGCAACGAACCUCCGCCCCAACAGCCGUUCGGCCAGAGCUCAUUUGCCUGUUCCCAGAUGUACAGCACUGGUUUUGGGGGCAGCUUCCGGGGGCCUGCGGGAGGAGCCAUGGUCAACUACAGCCAGAUGCCCCUAGGACCAUACGUCAGUGUGUCCAACGGCCCCCCACCCCCGUCCAGCCACCUGGACAAGAAGUCAUGCGACCCGCUGAGGGACGUCACCACCCCUGACCUCAAGUCAGGCAAGCCCAGUGAUGUCAUCUGUAUUGAAGAUUAGAUCAGCUACCCCAAAAUUGAUCUGGAGUCAGCCAAGCCCAGGGAUGUCAACUAUUAUAUAAAUGAUUACAGAAUCUUCGCGCCCCCCCCUUCCUCAUCCUCCCCUCCUGCAAGAAGCUCUCUGUCUAUUGAUCAGAGGAUAAACCUAGGAAUAAUACACAGAUGUAUUUAUCUAUCAUAUCAAUUGCACUUCUAUCUUUCGAGGAUUCUUCAACAUACUUCAUGCAGUAGCUAUUUGCUUUUAUGACUUAGGUUGGUGAGUCAAGCAGAGGAACUGUCUAUUAGGAUGUGAGAGUCAAACGACCUCAGACGCCCGGCUUCUGCUAACUGACACGUGGAAGGGAAGUGAUCUUAUAGAAUGACUGGAACCGCCCUGUCUGAAGGGGAAAGAAUUGGCUACAGGAAGAGCUGCAAAAAGUGAAAGUACACAUGGUGGAUGAGCCGGUGAAGGUGCCUAUGCUCUGGAGCUGCUGUAAUGAGAAUCAUCUGUGUCUAUUCAUUGACUUUAGGCCUGGCUCUGCUCCUUCAUUCUGGGUCUUUUCCUUCUGCGUUCAUCUUUUGCCUAUUCUUUGCAUCGGGACCGACCUCUGCUGGAGCAGUGUGCUUUAGCUACGUACACAUAGAAGGAAAAUAGAACUAUGAAGGCAUAAGGCUCCCAUCCUAGAAUUAUAGAGAUCAUAAGUGGGUGCUGAUACGGCAGCCAAUUCUCUCAUUUUGUUUACUACGUGUUUGUUUUUAUAGUUUUAUGGCAGAGCCUUGAGUUGGAACUUGUAAGAAUAAGAGUGACUUUAAGGAAGUACAGCUACACUAUGCCUCAACCCCUAAAGACUGCCAUCUCCCGCGUCUGGAGAAAGUGAUCCUAGUUACAGAGCUGCAUUAGCUAUUAAUAUACAGGGGUUCUCCCUUGUAAUGUACAUAGUUCAAGAGACUGCUGUUUAUUUUGCCUUGCAUAAUCAUUGUGAAUUUGAUGUAUACAUGCAUAAAACUGUAACAGGCUGGAUUAGUGCAAAUGAUACGGUACAUGUAUUUCUUUAAUAUUUGAAUGUGAUUAUUGGCCAAACUCCGGGGCCAUGAAUAGUGUGUGCUAUAAACAGAAUCUCCUCCUGUCUCAUAUGGUUGGGAUGUGAAGCUAAUUGUGUGCUGGACAUGGUGCUGGAUGGGAGUAAUUAUGUUGCCUUUAACACAUAUAGUUAUUGUGUUAUAGUUCCCCAAAGCACCUCGUUCCCUCCCUCUUCCAUUGUAAGAAAUUAAAAACUAAAAAGUGCUUAUGACACUACGUCACCUUUUGGCCUAGGUUUCAUGUUUGCCAUGAAAUGUGCGUUAUUGUGUGUGCUUCUUUUUAAGGUAAAGUGUUAUUUCAGAAUGUACUGCUUUAGUGCCACUUAAAACUUCUUAUGGCUGCAAUCCCGGUAACGGGAUCGAUAUGACAACAGCCAGUGAAAGUGCAGGGCGCCAAAUUCAAACAACAAAAAUCUCAUAAUUAAAAUUCCUCAAACCUACAUGUGUCUUAUAUCAUUUUAAAGGUAAUCUUGUUGUUAAUCCAAUGUGUCCGAUUUCAAAUAUGCUUUUCAGCGAAAGCACUACAAACGAUUAUGUUAGGUCACCACCAAACCACAAUAAUCACAGCCAUUUUUCCAGUGAAGGAUAGCAGUCACAAAAAGCAGAAAUAGAGAUAAAAUUAAUCACUAACCUUUGAUGAUCUUCAUCAGAUGACACUCAUAGGACUUAAUGUUACACAAUACAUGCUUGUUUUGUUUGAUAAAGUUCAUAUUUAUAUCAAAAAAUCUGAGUUUACAUUGGCGCGUUACAUUCACUAGUUCCAAAAACAUCAAGUGAUUUUGCAUAGCCACAUCGUUUCAACAGAAAUACUCAUCAUAAAUGUGGAUGAUAAUAAAAGCUAUACACAUGGAAUUAUAGAUAUACCUCUCCUUAAUGCAACCACUGUGUCAGAUUUAAAAAAAAUAAAAAAUAAAAAACUUUACGGAAAAAGCUAACCAUGCAAUAAUCUGAGACGGCGCUCAGAACAAUAGCCAAAUUAGCCGCCAUGUUGGAGUCAACAGAAACCAGAAAAUACAUGAUAAAUGUUUCCUUACCUUUGAUGAACUUCAUCAGAAUGCAGUCGUAGGAAUCCCAGGUCCACAAUAAAUGCUUGAUUUGUUCGAUAAUGUCCGUUAUUAAUGUCCAAUUAGCUACUUUGGUUAGCGCGUUUGGUAAACAAUUCCAAAGUCACAAAGCGCGUCCACUAUAACGUGACAAUGUCCAAAAGUUCCGUAACAGUCAGUAGAAACAUGUCAAACGAUGUAUUGAAUCAAUCUUAAGAAUGUUGUUAACAUACAUCUUGAAUAACGUUCCAACCGGAGAAUUACAUUGACUUCAGUUGAGCGAUGGAACGGAGCUGCCUCCCACGUGAACGUGUGGUCAAAGCGUGGUCACCUCAUUGCAGUGGUUACUCAUUCCUGUCUCCUUCGGCACCCCUUCACAGCGAGUCAUCAGACAAAGUUCUAUUGACUGUUGACAUCUAGUGGAAGCCGUAGGAAGUGAAAACUCAUCCAUAUCUCGCUGUAAUUUCAAUGAGAGCUUGGUUGAAAAACUACCAGCCUCAGAAUAAUUCCAAACAGGAAGUGGAACUUCUCAGGUUUUUGCCUGCCAUAUGAGUUCUGUUAUACUCACAGACAAAAUUCAAACAGAUUUAGAAACUUCAGAGUGUUUUCUAUCCAAUACUACUAAUAAUAUGCAUAUAUUAGCAACUAUGACUGAGGAGCAGGCCGUUUACUCUGGGCACCUCUGUGCACCUUUCAUCCAAGCUACUCAAUACUGCCCCUGCAGCCAUAAGAAGUUAAGAGGUCUGCUCACUCCAUGGCCCUGAUGUCUAAUGUCCCAGAUUGUAUGCUUGAUAAUCUUAUAAAUGGGUGGAAUUAUUUCCAUUGAGAACUGAGGGCAGUGGUUGAAUAAGAUAGCUAAUUCAAUCAUCAAUAGAUUAUAAUCUUCAUAGAGGUUUUGAUAGCCAACAAGGACCAAGGUUGGAUAGCCAUACAGUAAAAGUAUCAAAAGCUGUUUUUAUUUUCUUGUUUUUUGAUGUUUUGUUUUAUAUGGGUUCCUUGGAAGGGAACUGUUUAUUGCAUUACGUGUUGUGAGGACUAUUCCGUAUCAGAGCGACAGCAUGGAUUCACUUGACAAUACUUUUUUAUUCCAUCUGUCUGCUAAUGUGAUUGUCCAAAGUGAAACUACCUUUUUAUAUGUUCAAUGAGACUUCAUUUGUUGAGAUUUUUCAUGAAUGUGUGUAUUACAUUUACUCAUUGAAAACCUUAAAGGCCCCAGUGCAGUCAAAAACGUGAAUAACCUGUGUUUUAUAUAUAUAUUUCCACACUAUGAGGUUGGAAUAAUACUGUGAAAAUUAUGGUAAUGCCCUUUUAGUGUAAGCUGUUUGAAAAGACUUCCUGAAAUUUCAACCUAUUUUGGUGGGAUGGAGUUUUGGCUUGCCUGGUGUCAUCACCAGGCGGUAAAUUAGUUAACAGACCAAUUAGAAAGAGUUCCAAACCUCUCAAUAACAGCUAGUUUUCAGUUUGCCCUCCCCACUCAAGACCACUCCCAGACAGUCCUGGCAAAAUUCUUGCUUGAGAUAUUGCUCUUUGCUAAAAAGCUGUUUUUGUUUCAUUUUUAUCAUUUUAAUCGAAAACAUUCACAGUAAGGCACUUAAUUGUUACCCGGAAAUGAUUUUAUAUUGAGAUAAGAACGUCUGCAUUGGACCUUUAAAUGCGAUGUUUGCUCUUAUUUUUCUUUCAAAAACUAGAGGCAUUACACUACCGUUCAAAAGUUUGGGGUUACUUAGAAAUGUCCUUGUUUUUGAAAGAAAAGCACAUUUUUUGUCCAUUAAAAUAACAUAAAAUUGAUCAGAAAUACAGUGUAGACAUUGUUAAUGUUGUGAAUGACUAUUGUAGCUGGAAACGGCAGAUUUUUUAUGGAAUAUCUACAUAAGCGUACAGAGACCCAUUAUCAGCAACCAUCACUCCUGUGUUGUUAGCUAAUCCAAGUUUAUAAUUUUAAAAGGCUAAUAGAUCAUUAGAAAACCCUUUUGCAAUUAUGCUAGCACAGCUGAAAACUGUUGCGCUGUUUAAAGAAGCAAUAAAACGGGCCUUCUUUAGACUAGUUGAGUAUCUGGAGCAUCAGCAUUUGUAGGUUUGAUUACAGGCUCAAAAUAGCUAGAAACAAAGUACUUUCUUCUGAAGCUCGUCAGUCUAUUCUUGUUCUGAGAAAUGAAAAUUUGAUUUGCAAAAGAACAGAGACACUGGACAGAGGAACUCUGCCUAGAAGGUUGCCUCUUCACUGUUGACGUUGAGACUGAUGUUUUGCUGGUACUAUUUAAUGAAGCUGCCAGUUGAGGACUUGUGAGGCAUCUGUUUCUCAAACUAGACACUCUAAUGUACUUGUUCUCUUUCUCAGUUGUGCACUGGGGCCUCCCACUCUUUAUUUUCUGGUUAGAGACAGUUUGCGCUGUUCUGUGAAGGGAGUAGUACACAGCGUUGUACAAGAUCUUCAGUUUCUUGGCAAUUUCUCGCAUGGAAUAGCCUUCAUUUCUCAGAACAAGAAUAGACUGACGAGUUUCAGAAGAAAGGUCUUGUUUUAGGUCUAGUCGAGCAGAAGGUCUAGUCGAGCAGAAAGCAGCCAUUAUUCAAAGUCGUGACGGCGUCGUAAUGUUUAAACCAGUAGAUUUAUAAAAAAUAAAAAAAUGUUCACUUGACCUUCCAAUGCUAUGCAUCUCAGAAUCAAAGGAAUAUUCUCAGUUGUCUUGUGAUUGUAUGAGCACCUGUGUGUGUGUCUCUCAUCACAUUUAAUCAUUUAUCAAAUACACAUCUGAAUACCUGACAAGUUAAGCCUGUCAACCAUUUUGAGCCUGUAAUUCAACCCACAAAUGCUGAUACUCAACUAGUCUAAAGAAGGCCAGUUUUAUUGCUUCUUUAAUAAGGACAACCGUUUUCAGCUGUGCUAACAUAAUUGCAAAAGGGUUUUCUAAUGAUCUAUUAGCCUUUUAAAAUGAUAAACUUGGAUUAGCUAACACAGCGUGCCAUUGGAACAUAGGAGUGAUGGUUGCUGACAAUGGGUCUCUGUAUGCCUAUGUAGAUAUUCCAUAAACAAUCUGCCGUUUCCAGCUACAAUAGUCCUUUACAACAUUAACAAUGUCUACACUGUAUUUCUGAUCAAUUUGAUAUUUUAAUGGACAAAAAAAUAGCUUUUCUAUCAAAAACAAGGACAUUUCUAAGUGACCCCAAACUGUUGAACGGUAGUGUACCUAUUUGUAUUGUUUUUAAUGACACGGCUAUAGCCCUCAUGUGGAGGUCUUGAGAAAGGAAUUGUGAAUGGACUGUCCUGAACUGAAGAUAUUAGUGUAUACAGGGUGUGAUUGUAGCUCUGCUCUAUAGGCUUUUUAUAUGAAUGUUCUGAGGUGAUCUGUUGGCUGAAUAGUGUUACUGCACAGUGUCUGCCUGUGUCUGACUGUCUUCUCAGACAAAGCACUUUACCUGAAGUUUAACUGAAUGCAGUAUCACACGGCCUUGACUGACCUCAUUCAAUUACAAACACAACAAUAGAUAUUGGCCAGUUGAGAUAGGAAUUCCUAACAAAUAGGGCACAUGUCAGUUCUUAGGCUACUAUUUUGCCCCCAAUUUAGUGCGUGUUUAUCAGUGCUGUUCUGUCCAUGGAGUGUACAGUCCCAGUGUUUCUGUUCAGCCUGUUACUCCAUUCGUAAGUCAUAUGAGGGUCACUGUGUGGACUAGCUAUAGUGUAGGUUUGGAGAAGACCCACACACCUUGUCAUUGAUUGAAAUAGUGUUACUGGAUAGCAGCAUAUAACAACGCUAUGUAAAUACUAAGAUUUACAGUGCUUUGUCUCUCUCAUACUCUUAUCGAUCAUGUACCUAACUACACAGUAUGCAUGAGAGAAACUGAAUGUUGCAGGGUAGUUGCCAUAGAACUGCAAUGUGCGCACAGGAUGUGUUCAAUCAAAUCCACAUGUCUGUUUCCUUACGGAGUGCUGAAAUGACUAUGAAAUGCAAUCAAACUGAAGUCAGUAUGAAUGUAAUGUGUUUGUAAGAAGGCCUUAGUCUAAUACUAUAAAUAUAUUUACAAUGUAUGUACAUGCUUAUAAACAAGGCUUCAAAAGCUACCAAAUGACCCUGGUAAAGGCACCUUUGUUGCAGUGAAUGUACAGCAUGUGAAAUCUUUUGUAUGAAGGUUCACUUUGGUAAAGUUCCGAGAUCGUUGCUCUGUGUAGCUAGCUUUGAGAGAGACAUUGAAUUCAAGCAGUGUUAUAAUGGCACAGAUGUUUGUGCUAAAUUGCAAAUGAAUGAAAAAAGUGAAUUGUCAUCUUUUACUUUGUACUCUGUGUAUUUGUUCAAUGUGUUUUAAUAAAUCCUCUCAACAACAA